UUACUGAACUCUUCGUGUAAGUUAGCUAGCAUAACUAGGUAGCAGCAUAGUUUGAUUUCUCAAAAUCAGCUCACCAAUGGUCUUGGUUUCAAAAUGAUCACAAUCACUUGUGUAAUGUUAAAUGGCUUCAUAUAGACAUUAAACAAUCCUAAGAGAAAUAAUGUGACAUAAACGGAGCAAGGGCUGAUGUCAAUUUAAUGUUAGCGAAGUAGGUGUGAGACGCCUCUCCCUCCCCCUUGCUAAUAUUUUGUCUCUGCUGUCUGUUCAGAUAUGACAUUUAUAGCACAUAACUGUAACUGUUCAAAUAGAACCAAAUGGACCCAUUGGGGCCUUUAAUACAGUAUUCAAUAAAACACUAACAUGUAGCUAUCUUUUGAUAGAUGCUAGGUAAGACGAUGCUAGGUAAGAGGAAGAGCCCACAGAGAGAUCUGCUGUCAUUCUGGGCAGUGCCAGUGACAGCCCCCCCUUAUGCACCCCCGGAAAAUGAGAGUGCAGAGGGCACAGAAGAAAUGGAAGAUAAAGCGAGAUCAGAAGAGAUUGAGGACAGUGAGGCGAAGAUUUUGAUUGUAUACAAAUUGAAAACACAGAGACAGAAGAGCCAGCAGAAAAAAAUGUGGAGUUAAGAAUAAAUUCAGGGAAGAAGCAGAAGGCCAAAAGUGGAGCAGCCAUCUACAGGUGCACUUUUAAAAGGGAGUGGACAGCAGAAUGGCCCUUCAUUAGUGUAGGCACAACCACCGCCUACUUUUGGUGCUCUGUUUGCCGACAUGAGAACAGCUGUGCCCAUCAAGGCAAGGCUGAUGUUGCAAGGCAUAUCAAAAGCAAAAUACAUCGUUCAAAAGAACAGGCAGCACAGUCAACAGCCAGCAUUGCGCCAUAUUAUGGCCCAGCCACUGUUGGUGGCAUGACAGCUCAGGAAGUCAAGGUACUAGGCGUUAUACCCGCUGCUAGUAGCUGAAUUGCACUUGUAGGUUAUAUGAGCAUAAAUACAUAGUAAAUGAAACAAAUGCCUAGCUAAUCUGAUGUUCAUUUGAACUGUUCUUAUUUGUUUAUUUUUGCAUGUAAUAGUGUUUUCCUAUGGACCUUGAGUCUGCUGCUAAGACAUUCAUUCAAUUUUAUUAAUGUUUUUGCAUGAUUUGCUCUUUAAUUACAUCCUUUCUGUUGCAGACAAGGAGAGCUGAGGUAAAGUUAGCAGUGUCGAUGGUGGAACACAAUGUGCCAUUUGCAGUAGCCGAUCACUUCAGCCCAUUGCUGAAAGAAUGCUUCAAAGAUUCCCCUACUGCACAGAGCUUCAAGGCUGCCCGCACAAAAAUGUCCUGCAUAAUAAAUGAAGCAGUGGCUCCUCCCUUUAGAAAGGAACUGGUCAUGAAGAUGAGGACCAAUCCUUUCACGUUGAUCACAGAUGGAUCAAAUUAUACAGGACGUGAGAAGAUGAACCCGCUCACUGUGCGGGUAUGUGACAGUGAUCUCAGCAAAGUUGUCCACAGGUUCCUGGAUAUGUGCCCCACCAGCGGGCCAAACUGCGGCACAGCUGAAGUCAUCUACAAGAAGAUGGAUGAGGCCAUGCAGAAAAACGCCAUACCAUGGAGAAACUGUGUCAGCCUGUCAGUUGAUAAUGCCCCUGUCAAUACAGGAGCAAAGAACUCCAUUGCAUCCAGAGCUCAUCAAGAACAUGGCAGUAUCUACAUCCAUGGGUGCCCUUGUCACAUCAUCCACAACACUGCCAAACAGGCUGGCCAGGCCUUUUUGGAGGUGUGUGGAUUUGAUCCAGAGGAUCUCGCUGUGGAUGUUGGAUAUUGGUUUAAAGGAAGCACCAAUCGUCGCAAAGGUUACCUAACGGAAUUCUGUGAGCUCCAUGGAAGUGAGUAUAUGGAAAUGCUCAUGCACGUUUCUGUUCGAUGGUUGAGCCUGGAGAAGUGUUUGACUCGUAUCCUGCAGCAGUAUGAGCCACUGGCCAGCUACUUCAAGUCAUUAAAUGACAAACAGCCAAGGUUCAGGAGGCUUGUGGAGGCAUUCUCUGACUCAAUUACAGAGGUGUACCUACUGUUCUUUCAAGCAACUUUUCCAGUCUUCUCCACAUUCAACCUCCUCCUCCAGAGAGAGAAGUCGUCAAUCUUCCUACUACAUGAUGAGAUGAGGGGUUUUAUCCGCAAGCUGCUCUCAAAGUUUCUGAAGCCCGCAGCAUUGCAGCACCGGGAACUGCAUGAAAUAUGCUUUAAGGAGCCAUCCAACCAACUGCCAGGAGAAAAGUUGGUGAUUGGCUUCACUACUCGAGUUACACACAACAGGCUCCUUGAAGCAGGAGCCAUUACACCGCAGCAAGUGCAGAGGUUCCAGAAGGCAGCAGUGGCGUUUUUGGAAAGGGCUUGGGAAUACCCAUUGACAUAAUCAACUUAAUAGUACACAAAAAUACUUGUGAGUAAUUAGGCUUCCUAUGUGCAUUUUUCA